UUUAUUUCCACCACCGAGUAAUCUCUUAACUCUAGUAAACACACAUUUGCACUUCCUACACUUUCACACUUUUGAAAAUGGCUAAGGCAAUUACAUCAUCCAUUGCUCUUCUCCUUACUUUGAACCUUCUCUUCUUCACAAUGGUUACUUCAACUUACAUCCCAUGUCCACCAAAGAAUCAACACAAGAACCCCCCAUCAAUAUCCAAGGGUUACCAUAAGUGCCCAAAGGACACAUUAAAAUUAAAGGUGUGUGCCAAUUUGUUGAAUGACUUGGUGCAUGUUGUUGUUGGAACCCCAUUAUUGUCAUCAAAGAGUUCAUGCUGCACUCUCAUUGAGAAUCUUGCGGAUGUUGAUGCUGCUGUUUGCCUUUGCACUUCCAUUAAAGCUAAUGUGUUGGGAACUCACCUUAAUGCUGCUAUUUCACUCAGCUUGUUGCUCAACAACUGUGGAAAGACUGCCCCUAAAGGUUUCAAAUGCGCAUGAAUCAAACCAUUUCUAUGUUUUCGUUCAUUGUCUUGAACUUCUUUUCGUUGGAUUUAAGUUAUUUAUACUGACAGUGUAAAGAUUUUUUACACUAACAGUAUUGUGUAUGUUUUUUGUGUAUGUUUUUAUGCAUGUUUGCUUGUUUUAUCAGAAAAUAUGUGGAUUUAUUUUUA